AACUUCCUCAAUGACAACGAGCCUCACUCUGCACCCUUUCACACGUCUUCUCCUGCUCACACACAGUCACAGUAUAGCAGUAUCCUAUUGACCCAGUCUGGUCAUCGUAUUCCAAAGACUAUCUGGUAAACUUGGAACAGAGCCAUCACCUUCUUCCUCAUUCCUCUCUUCACCUUCUUCUUCUUCCAUCACUCUCACCUCAACACAGAGAUGGAAGAAGAUGAUGAUCAUCAACCACCCCACAUCAAAGGCUUUGUUAUCAUCUCCCUUCCACCCCCAGAUAACCCUUCUCUAGGCAAAACCAUCACCGCUUUCACUCUUUCUGAUUCUGACCCUCCUUCUUCUCCACCACCACAACGUUCUCUGCAACCCUCUCACCCUGUACCUCAAUCACACCCUUCAAAUCCUCAUCUUCUGUUCUCAUUCAGAAGGGUCUUCAUCGGUACCCCAAUGAAGAUCUUUUCUUUCUUUGGGAUUCUCCUCUUUGCUGUUUUUCUUUAUGGUUCUGUUUUCUCAGCUACCACCUUGGAACUUCAUGGUCCUAACAAUGAAGAUGAUGAUGGACCCAGUUCGUUUCUCUUCCCUUUGUUUCCUAAAGAGGGUGUUUUGGGGCAGAAGGAUUUGAAGCUGAAACUGGGUGAUGGUCAAAAAGAGAACUUUGUGACCCAAAGAAAUGUUGGUGUUGUUUCUAAUUCUAGAGUUGUGGCUGUUGACUCAUCCACCGUUUUUCCUGUUAGUGGCAAUGUUUAUCCAGAUGGGUUAUAUUUCACACUUUUACAUGUUGGCAAUCCUCCGAAACGUUAUUUUCUUGACGUGGAUACAGGGAGUGAUUUAACUUGGAUUCAGUGUGAUGCCCCAUGCAGAAGUUGUGCUAAGGGAGCACAUCUCCUGUACAAGCCAACAAAAUCCAAUAUAGUGCCAUCUACGGACUCUAUCUGCUCAGAAGUUCAGAAAAAUCAGAGGAAUGGAUAUCCUGAAAGUUCCCAACAGUGUGACUAUGAAAUCCAAUACGCAGAUCAUAGUUCUUCCUUGGGGGUUCUUAUUAGAGAUGAGCUUCAACUUACGGCUACUAAUGGAUCCAAAACCAAGUUCAAUUUUGUUUUUGGGUGUGGAUAUGAUCAAGCGGGAUCACUUUUGAACACAUUGUCAAAAACAGAUGGAAUCAUGGGACUUAGCAGGGCAAAAGUUAGCCUACCUUACCAGUUGGCAAGUAAAGGGCUUAUUAAGAACGUGGUUGGUCAUUGCCUAAGCAGUGAUGCAGUUGGCGGUGGGUACAUGUUCUUGGGUGAUGAUUUUGUGCCAAAUUGGGGUAUGACCUGGGUACCCAUGGCCUAUACACAUUCUUCUGAUUUGUACCAAACUGAAAUUCUUGGAAUAAAUUAUGGAAAUCGCCCUCUAAGUUCUGAUGGCCACAGCAAAGUAGGAAAGGUGGUUUUUGAUAGUGGCAGUUCUUACACAUAUUUUCCAAAAGAGGCUUACUUGGAUCUUGUUGCUUCUCUUAAAGAAGUUUCUGGGCUGCGGCUUAUUCAAGACGAUUCAGAUACAACUUUCCCCAUUUGCUGGCAAGAUGAUUUCCCAAUCAGAUCUGUCAAAGAUGUCAAGGAUUUCUUCAAGACCUUAACUCUUCGGUUUGGAAACAAGUGGUGGAUUUUGUCUACAUUUUUUCAGAUACCCCCCGAGGGCUACUUGAUUAUUAGUAAGAAAGGCAAUGUGUGCUUAGCUAUACUUGAUGGUAGCAAUGUACAUGAUGGAUCCUCAAUUAUACUUGGAGAUGUAUCAUUACGAGGACAUUUGGUUGUGUAUGACAAUGUGAAUCAGAGAAUUGGUUGGGAGCGAGCAGAUUGUGGCAUGCCAAGCAGAAGAUUAAGAAAGAGUCGUGAUUUAUUCGCUGAUAGCAUGUUAUAACCCUCUCCCAAAGUGUUCACAAGCCUAUGUACAGGUACAGAUACAGCCAAAGUAUAGGAACUUACACGAACAAUUAGUAUCAGAGAUUAUCAUAUGCACCAAUAAAUAUUUACUGUGCAACAAAUUAGGUCAUACAAACUUCUCCUGAAAUAGUCUCUAUUAUGAGGGGUUAUCCUGAAAUAGUCUCUAUUAUGAGGGGUUAUUCUGAAAUAGUCUCUAUUGUGAUUAUAACUUCAUCAAAUUCUCCUGAAAUAGUCUACGAGCUGCAUUGAUUUCA